AUGGAGAACGGAGAAGGAAUAUGCAUUGGCUCUCAGCCUACACUUCUUGGAGAAAUUACUUCUAGUAAGGACUUCUGUGACCUGUCAAGCCAUGUCUAUUCAAAAUCAGAUUUAGAGGAAACCAUGAAUUUUAAGGAUCACACGAUAUGCCUUCAGGAUGAAGAUGACACAUGCGCGAGAUUCCAGCAGCCUCAAGGUGACGAUGGAAUCUUUCUAUUAGAGGAAACCAGCUUUGACAACGUGGUCAAAACGACAGAGCGUUCUGUGGAAGGAAUCCACCCUUCAGUGGGAAUAGAGAAAUCGGCAUCGCAGGUGGCGUUGGGCAUCGCUUACGAUCUGAACGACGAUCUUGCAUGCUGCAAUCUCCUCAAUAGCUUAGACUCCUUCUUGGACAAAAGCCACCACGAGACGCCAGAUAUACUCACCGACAAAAUUGUGAGUGAAUAUUCGAGUAAAACGGAUGACGAAAAAGUCCUCAAUUCAAAGAAGCGUCGACGCAAUAGCUCCAAGGAAAAGAAGGACACAACCUGUGAUCCUCACCUACCCACGGAUACUUCAAAGCCGCCACGGAAGCGCGUACGGGCCUCGACCAACUGCACCACCGCGCACAGAGUGGAGGACGAAGAAAUCAACGCGUUUCGACUCUCUAAGCGGGUGCUUCUUAAAGAGGCAAAGCACGUCAGUAUGAAAGAUAUCAUGCUGCGUUCCUUCACCUCGCUAGCCCCUAACGAGGAUGGGGUUGGGGGAAGCAGCUCCGCCGAGAGCCCCGGUGAGUGGGAAAACAGCAAAGGGGAUUCCAAAUUUAUGGCGGACAGCCUCAGCUUGGGAAGCGCCGCCCAUCUUGAGCUGAAUAUCGCCGUCGAAAACGGCUCGCAGGGUGGGGUGCUCAACUUGGACGGAUCCAUCGGCAGUAAUCCGGCCUCCCUGGGCUCGACGUCGCCCACGGCGCUCUCGUCGUGGUCCCCUACCAUCGCGGACAGCAUCACCAGCCGUUUUAUCGCCACCGCGCAGAUGCAAAAACGACAAAACGUGGAGCGGCUGCUGCCUCUUGAACUCACCUAUUCCCAGCGCUCGCAGAGGCCCAAAAGCAUCCUCAAGGGCCUCCCAAACCCCCCCAACAGCCUCGGCGCGAUUCUCGAAGACUCCUGCCUCUCCACCUCCUGGGCCGGUCCUGGCGGGGCUCUGAAACCGUCCUCUCCGCGAAACUUUUCGGACCUCGACGAGGAGCUCAUCAUCGGCGCGAACGACGACGCCGAAUGCCCGCAACGCCCCCACCCCCUUUCGGAUAGUUAUCCGAGCAACUCGGCCGAGGGCACGCUGAUGAGCCCUGAGGAAAGGACAUCCGGGGACUAUUUAGCCGCCUCCCGCCUGCCAUCCUACCUCGGGGGUCGGGGCGCAUCAUCGGGAAAUCCAAGUAAAACGACCGAAGGCAACGACGACGACGACGACGAGUCCUCACAAGUGGCAAUCGCGCGCGCUAUUACGCGCCGGCACGAAAUCUGGAGGCUCAAACAUCGGGAAAUAAAGGGGCAGCGCUUGGUGGAGCAGGAUGAGCGCUGCAAGGCGAAGAAAAAACUUUCCACGGACCCUCCCCGAUCCCAUCCCGCCGUCUUACCGGCGCAAUUGGCGAAAGAUACGAUUUUGCAUGCCUUCCCUGACGGAUUGACGGGCCUGUCGACGAGCGGUUUUGCGGCGGCGGAAGGGCACGUGGAGCGAUCCGCCGACUCGCUCGCCGGUGGGACCUCCGGCUUGGCGAGUUUUCCCGCCGCGCGAAAGAUAAACCCGACGCCGAGCGGCAAUUCUCAGUCGAUUCAGCAUAUCAACCUCUCGGUGGACGACCUCACGAUGAUACGCCGUCUUAAUAGCUUUGAUCACACCGCCACGCAGCGCGUCGUGGUGUUUGGGAGUGCCAAACGAAAAUAA